CUUCUUCUCCCCCAUUAUUUUUUGGCUUUCCCUUGCUGGAUUUUGGAAGUGAAUGCAAUCGAGGAAAGGGAGUGGAGCGAUCCUUGCUUUCUCUUCUCCCCCUUUAGGUUCUUAUAGGAAGCACGGGAUUUUGGUUGCGUCGAUAUCAUUGUAUGCUUAGGCUUGCUGAACUGGAAAGACUUUUUCCCUGUCUUAAUAUGCUCUUAGAGGUCUUGAUGAUGGUUUCUUUUGAUGCAUUGAAGUACUUUCUAAUCAAUGAGAACCAAGUUUAAUCAAUGAGAACCAAGUUUAAUCAAGCUACAAAGCACAUUCAUGGAGGAGGCAUAAUGGAUGAUCUUGGUGGCUGGUUGAUUUAUACUUGUGAGAGCAAGGAAUUAUUGAAUAUGUUGAUCAAAUGUUGCUCUUAGCAAGAAGAUGUUGCAAUCUGAAUAUUGUCUUUUGAUUGGAUUAAGGUGUUUUUGAUAAAAAUGGCCAUUAAACAUACCUUAGAUACAUCGUAAUGCUUAGAGUAGUGCAUGUUUUUCAGUGCUAUUUUAAGUUAAAUAAUUUGUUUCAGUUUGUAGGAAUGAUCACCCAACCUUAUUAUGUGAAUUGGUGAAGGUCAAUCAAAAAAAGAUUUAGACUGAAAUAAAGAGUCAGCUUGUUGUUUCUAAUUUAGGACAGGAUGUUGCACAUAAUUGAAUUGAGAAGGAUGGUUCUGUAUGCAAACUAUGAUUCGGGUGGUAGUUCCAUAAUUGGAUUGAGAGGUUUGAAGACUAGGCUGACAAAGUCUUGGGUGAGAGUUCCUGAGCUAGAGAUCAAGCUCUAGGAGUAUAAAGGAUUCAGGUGUCAAAUGCUCAGUUUUGGAGAAAAGUGUGGUUUUUUCUCGACAUCCACAAGCCCACUUCAUUAACAAUCGGACCAUGGAGCAUCCUAUAGCUAUUCCGCAAACUAGAUGGUCUGGCAGAGGAAAUCCAGAGUUUGGAACCACCAGUGGACUUGUGGAGAAGGUUCAUAUACUGCACUUCUUUGUCUGGUCCAGUUUUUGGAUCUGUGGAUCACAUGAAGCCUCAAGACUUUGAUAAGACUGUCAGCCCCAUUUCUGUUGCACACUUCUCACAGUACAAACUGAUGAAUUUGCUACUUCAAAGGCUUGAAAAGCUUGGCUUUUCUGUUUGCUCUCCCAGUGAAAUUGAAGGCUCGAUAUGGGAUAGGAAAAUUUUAAUGGGCCACGAAUGCAUUUCUAUCCACCCUACAAAUGAAGGUUUAAAAGUAGGAACUUCCUAUCUAAAGGAAGGGAAGAUGGAAGAGCGAGAAUUUCAUUGCUCCAUCCUAGUUGGGUCUGAUGGGGCAAGAAGUACAGUUCGAAAGCUGGUUAAUAUAGAUAUGAAAGGUGAACGUAACUUGCAGAGACUUGUCAGUGUGCAUUUCCUAAGCAAAGAUCUUGGCCAGUACCUGCUACAUGAAAGACCUGGAAUGCUCUUCUUUAUUUUUAAUCCAGAUGCUAUUGGCGUUCUUGUCGCACAUGAUCUGGACCAAGGGGAGUUUGUGCUGCAGAUACCAUAUUAUUCUCCUCAGCAAAAAAUUGAGGAUUUUAGCUUCAAGGAUACGUUUAAUCUAAUCCAGGUAUGUGAGCAAAUUAUUCUCAAGUUGGUUGGGUGGAAGCUUGUCGAUGUGCAAGUAUUGGACAUAAAACCAUGGGUCAUGCAUGCAGAAGUUGCUGAGAAGUAUGUUUCACACAAUAACCGAGUAAUACUUGUUGGUGAUGCUGCUCACCGAUUCCCACCUGCCGGUGGUUUUGGGAUGAAUACUGGUAUUCAGGAUGCCCAUAAUUUAGCAUGGAAAAUCAGCUCCAUGUUAAGUGGAAUUGCUUCACCUUCUAUCAUACAAACUUAUGAAAUGGAGCGUAGGCCGAUUGCCAUUUAUAAUACAUUGCUGAGUGUUGAAAACUUCAGGGCAGCCAUGUCUGUUCCCGCCGCUCUUGGCCUUGACCCAGCUAUUGCAAACUCAGUACAUCGAGUGAUAAAUAGCAGCCUUUGUUCCAUUCUUCCUCCAAGCUUGCAAAAGUUUGCCUUGGAAGGGAUUUUUUCUAUAGGUCGUGCCCAGCUCUCAGAGCUUAUUUUGAAUGAGAAUAAUCCACUUGGGUCCUUGCGAUUAUCUAGACUUAAGAAAAUAUUUGAUGAGGGAAAAAGCCUUCAACUCCAGUUUCCAGCAGAAGAUCUUGGGUUUUGUUAUAAAGAAGGAGCUCUAGUUGCUGAAUGUGGUGAAAAGAUAUGGGAAUCAGAAGCAUCUAGUGUUCAUAAACGAGAUUUAAGGCCAUAUAUCCCUUGUGCCAAACCAGGAUGCCGCUUACCACAUAUGCUAAUCAAUGCACUUAAAGAAUCUUCUGCUAAGGCUUCUUUCUCUACCUUGGAUCUGAUAUCUGGAGAUAAAAUUGAGUUCCUUCUCAUUAUUGCACCAAUCAAAGGGUCAUACAGACUUGCACGUGCCUCUAUGAUGGUGGCCAAAGAAUUCGAUGUGCCCCUAAAAGUAUGUAUUAUUUGGCCCAAAGGUUCGUCUGAUAAGAAUGUAAAGAGCAGCGAGAAGGAAUUAGAGCCUUGGAAGAACUUCAUAGAUGUUGAGGAAGCUGUUAAGCCAACUUCGAAGUCAUGGUGGGAGUUGUGUCAAAUGUCAUCCAAUGAAGUCAUUUUGGUGAGACCUGAUGAGCACAUUGCAUGGAGGACAGAAUCUAAUGGCAUAGCCGAUGAUUUAUUGGAGUUGAAAAGAGUGUUCUCUCUGAUGUUAGGGCACCGUAAGUUCCUCUUAUAAGAAGAUGCUUGUGGUGCUUCUCACACCAUGGUGGUGAUGCAUCAUCAGAAGGUUCAUCCAAGAACCUGUUCUUGCUUUGCCUGACGACGGCAACUGUUAUAGUUGAAAGCUGGUCUUGGCUUCCCAGAAGAAAUAUUUGUCAAAAUCGACAGUUUGCAUAUGCUUUUUAGCAGCAAAUAGUUUCUGGUUGCUUUCUGGACGAUGAUACCGGGGGCAGUCCCAAGAGACCUUUCAUCUUGGCAGGUUUUAUUCUUUAACCCAGUAUGUUCGAUUAAUUGUUAUAUCAAGGUUUUAUUAAAAUGAAUAAUUGAUCGCAGGAUCUUUUGCAUUUUGAUUGAUGUGACUAAUAGGUGACAAAUGCAAAAGUUUUUUUUUUUUUGAUCAUUUUACUCUUGAGUUUUUAUGAAAUGGCAUCCCCUAAUUAGUUUUUAUCUAA